GGGUAACACAUUUGACCUUCUAUGACAGAUAAUGCGAAGCUUGGAGUAGCCUCUCUGUUAACGUUUAUAGUGAACUAAACACUACAUCAGUUUAUUUAUUCAGGCUAAAACUACAUGUUUUAUUUUUGCCGCAAUUCCAACUUCAGUUUUGUCACUCUACGAUCUGUCUGAACGUGCCCAAAAACCGAUGACGUAUUGCACAGUUCUAUGGUGGCGGUAAAGCAAAAGUGAGGUCACUGCUCGUACUAUCGUACGGUAAUUUAAAAGUUUUCUGGCUUUUGACAUGAACAUUAGUGUUCAUCGCUACAUGGGACAUUGAGUUAAAGUAGUGGUUGCAUAAGUUCUUCAGGCAUGGAAAGCAACAAGUCUACAAAGUAUCAACUCCGGUCAAGGUCGGGCAAAUCCAAAGAGACGUGUAAUUCAUGUAAUUGCUGCUCAGAGUCUUCAAAGCACCCAAGAUCAUUGGCAUUGUAUGUCAAAGCCAGAGAGAAACGUAAAGUGAAAUUCAGUGCCAAGGAUUUUGGCAAAGGUUUUGAUGAUACUGACCAACCACUGGAAGAAGCAGCUGUGACUGAAGACAUUAUCAUUGGAACACCCAGAGAGAAGCGUAAACUGAAAUUCAGUGCCAAGGAUUUUGGCAAAGUUUUUGAUGAUACUGACCAACCACUGGAAGAAGCAGCUAUGACUGAAGACAUUAUCAUUGGAACACCCAGCCCGGUUAUAAGAUCUAAAACUUCCAAGAAAAGAAAAAUAAUUUCGUUUCCAUAUUCAAGAACUGUUGUUGGUGAUAAUGAAGCCUCUGCCUCAAUCAUAACAUCUCAGAAAUCAAAACGUAAACCAAAUGUUGAUGCUGAUAUCACUAUUGUAUCUGAGAGUCCAACUGGUCAAGACCCUGCAUCUUUCUUUAGCAGUGUAUCCGAGAAUGGUGAUGUGGAGGUUGAUUUUUCGGAUGACUCGGAUGACCAUAGUUUUGUGUUCGGUAUGUCGACAGUGAAAUCACUAGGCAAACAUCCAACAAAGAAGGCUAAUUUUAAGAAUCAUGGGCACACUAAAGAAGACGUUGGAAUUAUUCCUGUGCCUGCUAGGAGGAAAAAAAAAAUAUCUCCUUCAUCAAGCUUCUCGACCGCCGGCAAACCAUUGCAAGGUAGACUGACUUUAAAACCACCUCAACCAGGUUGGAGUUUUUUCAAUGGUCGCGCUGCUUCAAGGGCCUCAAGGUUGAACAAAAGCAGAGAUGAAUGUGAUGGGCCUGCCGGUGAACAAACUACAACCAGAAGAUCUACAUUGCAAUUCAGCCCAGAUUUGUCGUUUGACCGGUUUCGUCAAGCACUUCUUCCACGUUUAGCAACCAGCACUGUUGCAAGUGCAAGUCUAUCAAACUCGAUGAAUAUGGAAAUAAGUCAUCAAAACCGGUCAAGUGCCUCUACAGCAGCAAUAUCACCUUCAAAUACAUCGUUAGGUGACAUUUCUAUUUCACCUCCAAAUACAUCGUUAGGUGACAUUUCUAUUUCACCUCCAAAUAGAUCUUUAGAUGAGAUUUCUAUUUCACCUCCAAAUAGAUCUUUAGAUAACAUGUCUAUUCCGCCUCUGACUAGAUCACGUAGAAGAGUAUUUCCUUUCUACUCAAGUACACCUGCUGCUUCAGCACAUGCAAUAAAUCCUGUUGAACUUGAAGGAGUUGUUAGACACUCUUCCCCACCAAAUAUGGAUACUGAUGAAGAAGUAAUCUGUCUUGACCUAACUGAUACAAAUAUGUCGGCAUUAUUCUCUUCCCCGUCUGUCACAGAAGUAUCGCCUUCACCAACAAACCCUCGGCAGAGAGUACCUAUAAAUCCUGUCCUGUUUAACUUACCCCAGUCUGAAAGCCCCCAGGUUUUGCAAACUUCUACAGUAUCGCCUGCUACCAUGAGAAAUAUUGAAAGAAUUGACCAGAUUUCAGCGGAUGAAGCACUGGCCAGAGAACUGCAGGAACAGUUCAACCAACAGAUUCCAUCAGAAAGUCCUGGGAUGGCCGCAGCGGCCACUGCUACUACACCUGCUAGCUCUACUGUGCCUUUACCGAAUGACUAUGUAGAAGAUGAGAUAUCAGCUGCAGCAUGGCCAGUGGGUAGCCCACAAAACAUGCGCAUGCGAUCUGAAAAUAGGCGACAGCGUGUACGAAAUCUAGUAGCGCAGUCACAGCAGAUUUUAACUCAAAUGAACGAGCGAAUUGGUCAAAUGAACAACUCUCUACAGUUUAUUGAACAAAACUCGACCAGAAGAAGAGUUUUAAGCCCUCCAGGCAGGGGAAGGAGGAGAUCUAGAUCACGGCAACCGUCUACGGAACUGAGAAGUGAGCUAGAAAAUCUGGAUAGACAGUUACAAACAUUAAUACAAUCAAGACAACAGAGGCCGUCUGUUGUGUUGAGAAGUCAAAGUAGAGGACGUGGUGGUAGAACUCGGAUUAGAUUUCAACACACAUUUGAUGAUUUAUUUGGGGCCAGUAAUUAUGAGGAGCUGCUGUUGUUAGAAGAACAAAUGGGACCAGCUGUCGCUCGUGGUCUGUCAAAAACGCAGUUGCAUCAGCUUCCAACUUUUGCAUUCACUCAUGACAAUACCAAAGAAGACAAUACAUGCAACAUCUGUUUUGUGGACUACCAGGAAUCAGAAAUGUUGAGAAGGUUACCUUGCUUCCACAGAUAUCACACUGAAUGUAUAGACCCCUGGCUUAAGCAAAACCGGACAUGUCCAAUUUGUCGCGUUGAAGUGAAGGUAUAAAACGUCAUCUGAGCAAAGGUUCAUCGGGUGCUUUUACUUUUCACAGAAUACAAUUUUGUAUCUUGUUUUCUUUUACAAUUUCUUGUUCUCUUGUUGCCAUGUUUGAACAUAUUGGGGGGAAAAAAAGGCCUUUCUUCUCCAAGUUUGAACUGCCAUUAUUGUAACUUAUUUAUGCAUACUUUACUGUAUAUGGACUAAAGAUUUGAAUCUGAAAUAUUGGAACAUGUGUUUAACUGCCAUUGAUGAAUUAAGUUUGCAUGCAUUCUGCAUUUCAUAUCCAUGGUAUUGUUUUUGCAUGUGACUUUUUUUUCGUAGAUUCACAUUUUCCCCACAGCAAUGUGAACCUAACCUACUUUGACAUCUGUAUGAUUAGUGAGGUAAUUGUUAAAGAUGAACAGUGUAAAUUUCAGAUUUUUCUAAUUGCAUUCUCACCUGUGUUAAGUGACAAAGAGAUGUCUUGUGACAAUGAUAGAUUUGAUGUUAAAAGUCGUAUGUAUCAAGGGCUUUGGUUUUUGUGACGCAUCAUAUUUCACAUGGUGCCCUUGUGAUGUUUAAAAUUUAAUUUAAUUUGUUUAACAAAAUUUUAAUGUUACUGCACCACUUCAGUAUUUACUACUUUCUAGCACUGCCACAUUUACACAGGUGCACAUUAUAAGGUUGCUGCAAGUAACAAACUUACUCAUUAUUUUCAAAUUUUUGCUUGCCUUUAUUUUGUUUUGUUUGAGUAUGGUAAUGAUUUUUUGAAAUUUUCACUGUUUAAAGCAUAUAAUAAAUACCAUGUCCUGUCUGGCCUCGUCAACAUACAAAUUUACUAACUAGCAAGUCACUAGAUUGGUAAAAAAGGGAGGCAAUAAUGCUUCGCCAAAAUUCUCAUUUUGUUGAUUUUCAUAUGUUACAUUAUUGUUGUUGUUUAUAACUGAACAUUUCUGAAUAAUUUUAGCUGUGUUAAUGGUUCGUUUAUAUUCAAGUUCAGCAGUUUAAAUGGACUGAAAUAAUCUUUCUUCUGAAUAAAGCAGUUGUGUGAUUCUGUGAACUUGAGAGAGGUGCCUCCCACUCUUGACACCUGGCACUUUGGACACUGAUGUAUGCGAUGCUUCAUUUAGAUUAUUUUUCUUUCUUUUUUAUGAUUUAUUGAUCUAUGUACGGUACAUGCAAGCAUGUGUUUGAGUUUUGUGAAUGUCAACGGGGAGAGUGUGGGGAAAAAGCACAGAAACAAUAAUGCUAACUCGCUGUUUAACCAUCUUUCCUCUUUCUGCUAUUGACGUAUUUUUCAAAUAACUUGCCAAGAUCUGAAAGAUGCAUAUGUAAACUAAAACAUUGCACCUUAAACCCUGAUUGCAGUACAGUCAUCGAAGCAAUGUUCUAACCCUUCACGUAGUUCAGUUGGUUUGUUACAGAGGAAUUAUUUAGAGAAAAAGGCUACUCUUUCAAAUGGAAGCCUGCUCGUAAUUAUUUUUGUUUUCAUUUUUUAAAGCCAACAUUUUUGCAAUACUCCAGAUGAACAAAAUUGGCUUGCAGCAUGUACAUCACCAUAUCGGAAAAUAGUUAAGUUUGGUGACCAGCAUGCCCUCUAAGCCAAUAUGACCUGUCAAUGAUGCUUUGUGUCAUGGACUUGAUAGAACAAGCUGACCCAACUUGGUUUGUGGGAUUUUGUUUUGACUCUACAUGUAGAUCCCUACAAAAUCAGCCCCCUUAGAGGGUACAUUGCUGGUGAACCCAUUUUUUUUUAAAAGUCGCCAUCUUCAUAUUACCCAGGAGUACAAUGCACAAACUAAAUAAUUCUAGUGGGCUAUUAAUCAGUAGGCUUCUACCUUAA